AUGGCGAAGCAGCCUUGGCAGCAACCUUCAAGCCAGCCACCCAUCGGCCUUCCCGUAGCAACAGCUCUGACGCAAACCGCCAUCAGACCUGCAAGUCGACCACCUUCAAUAUCGGUGACCCAGCGGAGUAGUUCCGGCGCCAGUCACCGCUAUGCUACAUCCUGUCGACCAUCGCCAUCUCCGGUCCAAACUGAUGAAAUAGCACCUCCGACAAAAUCAGAUCCUCUAUCUCUACAGAUGACGAGGAACAAAAAAAAGGGGGGGGAGAACCGUCUUCCCCAUCUCCAGUCGUCGGAGUCUUCGCCUUACCCUGCAGCCAAUGAAUUACCGACGAACCACCUCCAUCGGGGGGAUCGUUGGUUGUUUCCAGCCACAAUUGCAAUCUCAUUCGUCGCCAUUGGUAUAGACGGCUGCCAUAUGUUUCUUGUUCGUCACUGGCAACCGGAAAGAAAAUCGCCAGUCUCCACAUCCUUGCUCCGAUUCCCCUCCACAGCUAACACCGCCCGUCGAGUAGCCACCAUGAAUUUCUAG